AUGAGCCAGGAGAAAAAGGAACAAGGUAUAGCAGAAAAUAAUUCUAGUCAAGAGAAGGUUACUAAAGGCUUAGCAGAGAAAGAUAUGGUACCACCAGUGAGUAUUGAGCAUUAUAUAAAGAUUCUUUAUCCACGGAGACUCUGUCAGCAGAAUUUAGAUAAACAAUUUUCAAAGUUUUUAGAGGUGUUCGAGAAGCUACAUAUUAACAUACCUUUCAUUGAAGCACUAGAACAAAUGCCUAGAUAUGUAAAGUUUAUGAAGGAGAUCGUGUCUAACAAGAGGAAUAUGGGAGAUUAUGAAACUAUAGCACUGAAUGAAGAGUGUAGUGAUAUUUUGCAACGAAAGCUCCCACAAAAGUUAAGAGAUCCUAAUAGUUUUACUAUACCAUGCACCAUUGGGGAGUUUGAAUGUAAGCAUGCGUUGUGUGAUCUAGGGGAAAGUAUAAAUUUGAUGCCAUUGUCAGUAUUUUGCAAACUUGGAUUGGGAGAAGCGAGGCACAUGACAGUGACAUACAACUGGCAGAUAGAUCAGUCAAGCACCCAAGAGGUAUUAUAG